UACAAUUGUGAGAUUUGUAACAAGAACGUUUCGCUUAGAGCUAAUCUAGUGAGUCAUAUGAGAAUACAUACAGAGGAGAAACCGUACAGCUGUGAGGUUUGUAACAAGGGAUUUUCACAGAGAAAUCGUUUGGGAAGUCAUAUGAGAGUACAUACAAAAGAGAAGCCAUACAGCUGUGAGAUUUGCAAAAAGUCCUUCUCACAUCAAACUAGUCUAGAGAUCCAUAUGAGAAUACAUAGAAAGGAGAAACCAUACAGCUGUGAGAUUUGCAAUAAGGCCUUUUAUGCAAAAAGUCAUGUAGUAAGGCAUAUGAGAGCACAUACAAAAGAGAAGCCCCUACAGUUGUGAGAUUUGCAACAAGGCCUUCUCUGAGAAGAGUAAACUAGUAAGGCAUAUGAAAGUACACACCAAAAAAAAAGCUAUACAGCUGUGAGAUU